UUGAAUCUUAACAAGCACACUCCAAGCAAUUUUAGGGUUUACUUUGGAGUUUUAUCGGGUCUUGGUCAUAGCUUGUAAUGGGUAGCCAUGGAAGAGGCAGUGCAGUUCUUUUGCUGAUGUUUUUUGUGUUGAUCAACUUUCAAUGGAGAUCAGUGGAAGGGCGUGUGUACAAAGUGGGAGGAAGCCAAGGAUGGGGAUUUCUCUCCUACCAAAAGUUCUCCAGUGUUAAGUACAAAGCCGGAGAUAGCUUACUUUUCAUCUACCCACGAUAUAUACACGACGUAGCGCAGGUGGGGUCUUUAAAGGAUUACACAAACUGUGUGGUGUCAAAAGGAGCAAAGAGGUAUACCUCUGGAAAGGAUAAGAUUGAUCUGAAGAAGGGUUGGAACUAUUUCAUUUGCAGCGUUCCGGGGCAUUGCUCAAGUGGGAUGAAGCUCAAAGUUCAGGCGUUUUAGGUUUAGGAGAUGUGUUGUUGAAUCAAAGGUCAAGCAUGUCUUGAUGCCUUUUUUAUUUGAGAAGAGCAAAUGAAUGUAAUCUGUAAUUAAUAAUGUUACAUUUUGAUUUUA